AUGAAAAAAAACAUACCAACAAGGCCAAACAUCUAUAGCUUUCUCCAAAAAUUGAUGAGCCUUGUAAACGAAACUCAUAUGAAGUUUCUAUACGAAGAGGUAAAUGGAGUUCGGAAUAUAGACCAUAGCUGCACAAGCCAAAAGCUUGAAACAGCUUUAAAACGUUUAAAUGACGGAGAAUAUAAUGUCAAGGAUUUUUUGAUUCAUAUGCGUUGUCAAAUUAAUUAA